AUUUUGCAUUGAAAAUUUUAAAAGUGUCGCUGGAUGAGCUGCCAUUCAGUUCGAGCGAUACCUUCUGCGAACGUAGAGGGACGUUGAAAUGCAAUGUUGGGCAUAUAGUUUUCGCUACAUGGCACGAUCAAACUGUCAGAUGCUUGUGCAGUGAAGAGCAAGAAGCAACAUAAAUAACAAACAAGCGGAACUGAUUCCGAAUUUCUGGGGGAAAAUAUUCACUGGUGCACAACGAUGGAUGGCAAUGAGAAAAGCGAGCACCUAAACACCUCCGACAAUCCAGAAGCAGAAUACCUGGACAUGGACUUCGAGGAAAAUCAUGACGAUUCUCAAGGACAAGCGCGCCACGUCCCGAGUGAUGACGAUGAUGAGGAUCCGCUGCAUGCCGAAAAGCUUGAAGCCGAUGACCGAUUGAUUCAAUUCAAAGCUACCGUUGUGCUAAAGGAUUUUAAAGGACAGCGAUCAAAUGAAGUUGGAGACACCUUUGAAUUUGUUGGAGACACCGUGGAGGAAAUUUUCGAAUCUAUGUGGAGUGCGGCGAGCUCGUUCUGUAACAGAGCCUUGGUUUUUUCAAACAGUCGUAGACUAUCUGGUUCUACGAAGCUUGAAUAUGACGUCGAGUGGUCCCCGAAGGUAACCCCUGAUAUUACGGACAUGGAAGACUACAUCUUGAUGCAGGAUCCUGAAUCCAAAAAAGUGUACAGCCUCAACAAAUCGAAGACUAUUGAGGCCCUAAUGAAAUGGAAUGGUAAGCAGUUGAAUAUGAUAAUUCAUUCGUAUUCAUUGUCUGUGCAAUCACUACAAAUGUGGAUGCAAGCGGAUAGCAAGCUCAUUCAACCCGUGCAAAAAGAUAGAGCUGGUGCGCAUUCAACCCGCGAAGCUGAACUCCUUAAAAAUCAGCUGAAAUCGGAGCAUUCCUGGCGGUACACGGACGUCGCAGAUAUUAAUUGGAGCAUGUGGGCUAACUUCAUCCAAUCAUCACCGGCGCAUGCGAGGGAAGCUUUGGCUAAGGGUACUCCUCCUGAUCAUUUGUUGACUGUGUUCCGACCGGGACUAGAGAAUGCUUCUGCUAAGCUCUCUGCAAUGCGGAAAGAUCUACAGGUAGCGAAAACUGUGAAUGCCGGUUAUGGCCAAAAAGUGAAGACGCUGCAGGCUACUUUCGACAAUAUUUCCGUUCUAAUGGCUGACAUGAAGGUGAUCGUCAAUAGCCUUGUGGAGAAAGUUACGGAGGACGAAAAACUGUUGACUGUUGUAGCACAGUCUGCAUCUGUUGCGGAGAAUGAGUUUAGUCUCUCAUUGGCAGAAGGCGUAAAUGACUGCUUGGAUACUGAUCAUGAUUGA